AUCAUGGUACAACUCAAAAUCUCAUCAAAAGACGUAUUUUUGGUAUCGAAACACUUAUCAUGACCUAAAAGUCUAUUUUUCACCUAAUAUGAAAUUAAAAGCUCCGAAAAUGGCACAAAUCUAUCCGAUCCAUGAGCUCUCAAAAAUUUUCAAAAAUAAAUGGUCUAAAUAAUGUGUUACAAAUUGUAAUAAUUUUUAGAGUUUGAAAUUUACUUUUUCUUUUAUAUCCAUGUAUAUAUGUAUAUGGAGGUGAAGAUGAUGAAUUGGAUAAUUAUGUGGUAACAAAUCUCCAUUCGCGAAAACUGCUGCUACACGUUACAUAUACACCCUAAUCUAAAGAAAGCCUGGCUUUUCUGUUUCAGUUUCAAACUCUUCAUUCGAAAUUCUGUUUUAUGGCCCAUUCACCUCUUCCCCUCUAUUCUCCUUCUGAUUCUUAUUCUUCCGAUGAGGCUUCUGACUAUCGUCUUCCUAGCGAUGAAGAGGAGGAGGAUUUGAUUUGCAUUCCCUCCAGUGACGAUGAGUAUGAACUGAGCGAUGAUGCUGAGGCUGAUGAUGGAUCGUUGGACGAUGAUUUUGAGGCACAAUCUGAAGAGGAGGUUCAUUACCAGAAAAUUAUCAAGCUACUUGCAAGUGGGCAGGAUUUAGAUGUAUUGAAACUUGAAGAAUGCAAAGCUUAUCUACGUAAGCAUGGGCUGCGUUUGACAGGGACAAAAGCUGUUUGCAUGGAGAGAAUCUUAGAGCAUUGGAGGAUCAAAGAUGGAAAUGGUCAGGAACUGUAUCCAAGAUCAUCAUUUGUGAUCAAUUGUAGAGGUGAUGUUUGCACUGGUGAUGUAGUUCUUUUCACACAGAGAAUCUAUGAGAAGUUUGACAAAAUUAGAAGCGGUGGGGCUGAGCGACCUAUUGGCCACCGAACGGUUGCUGGAAGAGUGGUGAAGGAGAGCUACGGUGCACACAAACAACAGCACACGUUCACUGUUGAAGUACUUUGGAGCACUGGAUUAAAGAGAUUGCCGCCAUUGUUUCCAUUACUUGUCAAGGGCCGUAACCUUUACAGAUUGAAAACCUUUCGACAGAGAUGGCCUGAUGAAGUGGAGAGAGAGAAAGUUCUGGCUGAGAAGCAUGUGAGGGGUGCAGAGGCAAGGCGCAGCAGAGCAAAUAUGAAGGCUCAGUUCAGAAAUGGAGGUUUCCGACAACCUAGAAAACCCCAGCUACGGAAGCCACCUCCUUUGAGAGAGAAUGAAGCCACUCGGCGGCCUAUCAAUCCGGGAGAGGCUCCUGUAUCAGUAAUUGUAGGGAAAACAGAUACCGUAGAAUCAGCCCACAAAAGGAAGAUGAGUGCUGCUCAAACUUUGGGAAAAUCAAGACCAACAGCACAAGCACCUACCACUUAUGUAAAUAAUAAUCCUCGGGGAAAGGCUCCUGUACCAGCAAUUGUAAAUAACAGAGGAGGAAAAACAUAUACUGUAGAAUCAGCCCACAAAAGGAAGAUGAGUGCUGCUCAAACUUUGCGAAAAUCAAGACCAACAGCACAAUCACCUACCACUUAUGUAAAUAAUCAUCCUCUGAGAACCAGAUGCUUAUCUGGUUUUCCAAGCUAUGAUAAUUACAGGGUGCAUGGGAAGUUUGCGCUUUAUGCACCAAUCAGCAAUAAUCAUUAUGAAGGUUCGACUUCAAAUUGGACCCCAAAGGGACAGCCUGAUUUUCUUCAAAGGUUUCGAAGCUACAAUGAUCCAAGAAGCUACAAUGCAGGCUGUUACCUAAACGCUGGCAAAAGGCCAAAAAACAGAAGAAUGCGUGAUCCAGUUAUGGGUGUCUUUUCUUGCUCAACCCCCGGGUGUCGAGGUGUGGCGGUGGAAACCUGUGUUAUCUUUGGAUGUGCUGAAUGCUGCGGGAGUGUGGGAAGAAAAUGCGGGGUGCACCAGGGGCCUUAGAGAUUACUUCCUCCAAGUGUUCUCACUCCUUUAGUUUGCAUUGUAUACAUUGUCUUUCCUUUUGUUGUGUUAGCUCUUUGUAGAUUGCCUAUGGGACCUCCCAUGUCAACAUGUUGUGAUUUUUAGAUUUGGGAAACGACCAUUGCUUUGGUUCUGUGCUGUUGAUAUGGGAAUCUGAUUUGAAUAAUUUGGAUAUUAAGAAUCUGAGUUGGAUAAUCUGGAUGUCUGGAAUUGAUCUCAACUGUAAACUGCACACUACGCUGUGAAUGUGGACUCCGAUGAUUUGAUAAUUUCUAGGAUGGAUCUCUUUUUGCUUAAAGAAAAACAGAAAGGAAUUGUGA